AAAAAACAAGGCAAAGAUACGGACGUCCGCGAACACAUGGAUAACAACAUUGCCAAGAAAUGGAAAACCCUAAGUGGAGACACAAACUGGAAGGGCUUGUUAGACCCUCUCGGACCUGAUCUCCGCAACUACAUCAUCCACUAUGGCGAAAUGGCUCAAGCCACUUACGACGCUUUCAACUCCGUUAAGGUAUCGAAGUACGCCGGAAGCAGCCGUUAUGCACGAAAGAAUCUGUUUUCGAGGGUUGGGAUCAGCCAAGGCCGUCCGUUGAAUAAGUAUCGUGUGUCUAAGUACAUUUACGCCACGUCGUCGGUCGCGGUACCUGAUGCGUUCAUCACCAAGUCGUUAUCGAGGGAGGCUUGGAGCAAGGAGUCGAAUUGGAUGGGGUUCGUGGCGGUGGCGACAGACGAUGGGAAAGCGGUGUUAGGGAGGAGAGACAUUGUGAUCGCUUGGAGAGGGACGAUUCAGACCUUGGAGUGGGUUAACGAUUUUGGAUUCGCGUUGGUUUCGGGUCCGAAAAUAUUCGGUGAGAAUAAUAACGACGAUCCCAAAAUACACCAAGGUUGGUACUCGAUCUACACUACCGAUGAUCCAAGAUCGCCUUACAAUAAAACUAGUGCCAGAGAUCAGGUUGUGGCCGAGGUAAAAAAACUGGUGGAACAGUACAAGAACGAAGAAAUUAGCUUGACCAUAACCGGACACAGUCUCGGUGCCGCAAUCGCGACUCUAAAUGCGAUCGACGUAAUCGUAAACGGACUCAACAAGCCAAAAGAUAUGCCAAACAAGGCCUGCCCAGUGACGGUCUUCGCGUUCGCUAGCCCUCGUGUGGGCGACUCCAACUUCCGGAAAGUUUUCAACUCACAAACAGAUCUUCGAGCCCUGCGGAUUCGCAAUGCAUCAGACGUGGUUCCGAAUUACCCGUUGAUCGGGUAUUCAGACGUCGGGAUUGAGUUGGGAAUAGAUACAACGCAAUCCGAAUACUUAAAGAGUCCGGGGAGUUUGUCGAGUUGGCAUAGCUUGGAGGGUUAUAUGCAUGGAGUUGCAGGUACACAGGGAAGUAAAGGAGGGUUUAAGCUCGAAGUGAGUCGUAAUAUCUCACUUGUAAACAAGCAUUUGGAUGGUUUGAAGGAUGAAUACGGUGUGCCAGUUUCAUGGUGGUGUGAGAAGAAUAAUAGCAUGGUUCAACAGGAGGAUGGUUCAUGGGAGUUGAUUGAUCAUGAAGAUGAUAAUUUUGGUCAAUAAGAUAUCAUAAUAAAAUUGGGUUUAUCCGACACUGUAUAAAAUUCAUAUUAGAUUGCUUUAUAC